AUUAUAUUCUCUCACACCUCGAUCGAGCAAAUUCUCUAGAGAAAGAAAAUCUAACAUCGAUCGAUCCAUCAAUAAUUGAUCAACCCCAUUUUAAUUUGCAAAACUCGAUCUUUAUCUAGAGCAUUGUCUCAUUGGCAAACAAGCCAUGACGCCGGGGGACGACUCGGAGCGAGGCGACGCCGCGCUAAUUAGGCCGUCAAGUAUUAGGAAAGGGGGGUUUAGAGCUACCUCCUUCAUCUAUGCUUUGGUGGCAUUGGAACAUAUGGGAUUUGUGGCUAACAUGGUUAGCUUAGUGCUCUACUUUUCUUACAAGAUGCACUUCGAUCUGUCGAAUGCAGCCAACACUCUCACUAACCUCAUGGGCUCGACUUUCUUGCUCUCCAUUAUUGCUGGCUUCAUUUCAGACACAUAUAUCAAUAGGUUCCAAACUGCUCUCAUUUUUGGAACCCUCGAAGUCUUGGCUUUAUCGAUGAUGACAAUCCAAGCCCACACUGAUAGUCUGCUGCCGGAGCCGUGUGGGAAGUCCAGCUGUCUCGCCGGCGGCGUCGCCGUCUAUUUCUACGCGACGCUGUGCCUCCUGGCGCUGGGGGUCAGCGGCGUUCGGGCGUCGCUGCCGCCGCUGGGGGCGGAGCAGUUCGACCCCCACCACCCCAAGGAGGCCAAGAGCCUCGCCAGCUACUUCAAUUGGCUGCUGCUCAGCACCGUCUCCGGCGCGACGGUCGGAGUCACCGUCGUCGUUUGGGUGGCGACCAAUAAGAAUAAUCAUAAUUGGUGGAAAGGGUUUCUGAUCACCGCCGUCGCCACAUUCGUCGGAUUGUUAUUCCUCAUCGCCGGCAAGCCUUUCUACCGCCUUCGAGCCCCUUCCGAUAGCCCCCUUAUUAGAGUUGCUCAGGUUAUUGUUGUUGCGAUUAAAAAUCGAAGAUUGCCAUAUCCGGAGAGUUCAAAUGAGCUCUACGAGAUCAAUGAAAAGGAGUCCAAUCCAACGGUUACCAAAAUUGCCCAUACCGAACAAUUCAGAUGGCUAGACAAGGCCGCAAUCCUCCCUCCCAACACGGCGGCGUCGCCAUGGAAGGUCUGCAGAACCACCCAGGUGGAGGAGGUGAAGAUCCUGGCCAGAAUGGCCCCCAUCAUCGGCAGCACCAUCAUCCUCAACACGUGCAUGGCUCAGCUCCAGACCUUCUCCGUCCAGCAGGGCUACCGCAUGGACCCCCGCCUCUCCUCCUUCCACGUCCCCCCCGCCUCCAUCCCCGUCAUCCCCCUCCUCUUCAUGCUCCUCCUCAUACCCCUCUACGACCGCCUCUUCGUCCCCUUCGCCCGCCGCCUCACCGCCCACCCCUCCGGCAUCACCCACCUCCAGCGUGUCGGCGUCGGCCUCCUCCUCUCCGCCGUCUCCAUGUCCACCGCCGCCGCCGUCGAGCUCAGGCGGAAGCGCCGAUCCCUCCGCGACCCAACCCGACCCAUCAGCCUCUUCUGGCUCGCCUUUCAGUACGGCACCUUCGGGAUCGCCGACAUGUUCACCCUCGUCGGCCUCCUCGAGUUUUAUUACAGGGAGGCGCCGGAGGGGAUGAAGACGCUGUCGACUUCUUUCACGUGGAUUUCGCUGUCGUUCGGGUACUUUUUGAGCAGCGUUUUUGUUUCCGUUAUAAAUUCGGUGACUCGGCGGAUUGCGCCGAGCCGGAAGGGGUGGCUGCAGGGGCAGGAUUUGGACAAGAACAAUCUCAACUUGUUUUAUUUGUUCUUGGCUGUGUUGAGUGGGCUCAAUUUCUUGAAUUAUUUGUAUUGGGCUAGAUGGUACAAGUGCAAGAAUGUCGAAGAUGGUGGUGGCGGCGGCGGUGGUGGUGGUGGUGGUGGUGGUGCGGCGGAGGAGGCGGGGGGAGAGGUGUUUAUGGCAUCAAAUGGUUGCUAUGUGGUGGAAGAACAGAGUAAUGGGAAAGGCUAAUGAAAGGUACUUGAGGAAAAUAAUUAAAGAGAGAGAUAAUUUUUAUAUAUAUAUACAGUGGUGAUAAUUGGUGCUCUUUUUUUUCUUUUUCUUUUUUUGAAUGUGGUUUUUGUACAUUAGGUGUUUGUGUGUGAGUGGUUUUGAUCGUAUUAUGAGAAAUGAUUCAUAUGGUGGAAUUUGAUGAUGUAAGUAAGUAAGCAUGUGUGUAUAUGUAUGUAUGCAUGUGUUUGUAAAAAGAGAAAUGCUUUAAUGGAGAUUUUUAAAGCCUGAAAAUAAAUAAAUAUAUAUAUUUAUA